AUGACACAAAUGUCUAGUAUUACUCAGAAAUAUCAGCUAUCUGUAGUGUCAGGUGGGAGACCUAUCUUACCAGGUAUCAAUAAUGCUACCUCCUGUCAAAAGAAUAUCUCUGUAUUGGUCCAUGAUCAACAAGGUAUAAUAGUUCCAUUUAAUAAUCAAAUUAGAAUAUAUUCUCUCGAGACUAGACAAUGUAUCAAGACACUGAAAUAUGCUAAUAGUCCCGUCUUAUCGACUAUCUUUGAUAACAAAAAAUUGAGUCAAAAGAUUUAUAUUGUUGGCAUUAUGUUAGGUGAUAUUACUGUAAAGGAUGAAAAUUUAAGACAAAAGGAAAAAUUAAUUACUAUUUUCACAAAUUUUGGUCAAGUUAUUGUACUAAAUUAUAAAGGUAAAUUAAUUGAUUCUCCAAAAUUAUAUCAAUUAGAAUUAGAUUCAGAAAAGGAUGAAUCUUUAUUGAAAGUAUUUGAUAAUGGUAAAGAAUUAAAAAUUAUGACAACUUUAUCUAGUAACGGAUCUUUAUUUGAUUAUAAAUUAUCAAGUUUAAAAUUUCCUGAAAUUUCUACUUCUUCAUUGACUGAGACUGUUAAAUUAACCGAAUCAGAAAUUUUUACUAAUAUUGUAUUAUCUGCUUGGUCGAAGGAUGAAAAUGUUUUCACUUUACUUUACAAAGAUAUUAAUGAUAAUAAUCAAAGACAUAUUCUUGUUCAAUCUAUUUUCAGUAAAUCAAUGAAAAAAGAUAUUGCAUUAGAAUCCGUUUUACAUGUAUCUCAAAAUACAAAAAAUAAUCAAAAUGUUAACUCAAGAUUUGUUUCCACUAUGGCUAUAGAUAAUUCUGCAUCUCAAUUAGCAUUAGGAUUUGCAUCAGGUGUUAUUAGUAUUAUAAAUUUAUCAGAUUUACAAAAUAGAUUACUUAAAUGGCAUAUUGAUUCUGUUUUAUCUUUAUGUUUCACAGAUGAUGGUUCCUAUUUAUUAUCUGGUGGUUGGGAAAAAGUUUUAUUAUUUUGGCAAUUAUCUACAAAUACUCAACAAUUUUUACCACGUUUAAAUGGUGUUGUUGUUGAUAUUCAAAAUGAAGGAAAAUUUUAUACUUUAUCUUUACAAAUGACAGAAAAUCAAUCUAGUUCUGAUUAUGAAUUAAUUGUAUUAAAUUCAGCUGAUUUAACUUCAAAAUUAUCAGUGACAGGUCCUUUACCAAUAUUUAAUUCUCCAAUAAGAGAUACUACACAUCCAACUUCAGUUAUUAAAUCAAAUACUCAAAUUAAUGUCUCAAAGAAGAAACAUAAGAGAAAGUUAUUAAAAUCUGCAAGACAAGAUUUUACCACUAUUAUUGAAAUGAAUCCUCAAACAAAACAAUUAUACAUCCCACAUUUAUCUACAUUACAAACAUUUGAUUUCUAUAAGAAUGAACAAACAUGUUUACAAUUCUUAACUGAUGGUAUGAAUAAUACAAUGGGUAAAGUUAGAGAAGAAUUAAGUAUCCGUGACCCUGAAGUUCAAAAUAUCAAAAUUACUAAUGAUGGUAAUUGGUUAAUUAGUUAUGAAGUUGAUUUCCCACCAGAGGAUUUAAUGUCAUCCAAGGAUAUCUCUCAUAUCUUAAAAUUCUGGACUCACGAUGAAACUGAUCCAAAUCAAUGGGUCCUAAGGACAAAAGUAUUAAAUCCACAUGGUCGCAGUACUCCAAUUACAAACAUCAAAGUAGCACCAAUAUCUGUUGAUAAUGGUGUCGGUUGCAUAACUACAGAUAAUAAUGGUGGUAUGAAAUAUUGGGCAUUUGAUUCAAUGGAAAAGAAUUGGUGCUUAAAGAAAUUAUUGAUACCAAAUUUCACUAAUUUUAGUAAUUCUGUAUCAUUAGGUUGGUCAAGAGAUGGUAGCUUAAUUUUCCAUGGAUUUGAUGAUAAAUUACAAAUUAUUGAUUUUGAUAAUUUCAAAAGAGUAGAUUUAAAUAUUAAUGAUACUGAUAACAAUGAUUUAACUAUGACAGGUGAAUUUACAAUGGAUUCUGAAAUUCAAGCAGUUAAGAUGAUCGGUGAAAAGAAUUUAAUAAUAGCUACUAAGACAAGUCUAAAUGUGAUAGAUUUAUUAUUAGGAAAGAUUAUUAAUGGAUUUGAUUUAUACCCUUACGUUAAUGGUGUGUAUAAGAAUGGUCAUUUGGAUAGAUUGAUCAGUUGUGACGAUAAGAGUGAAAAGAUGGCUAUUGUGAUCAAUGAACAAGUUAAAGAUACCAAUGGAAAGAAUACAUUAGAUUAUAAAUCACAUAUUAUUAUAUUCAAUUCUGAUUUAACACAACAAUUGGAUGCUUUUACACAUGACGAAUACAUUUCAUGGAUCAGUUGGAAUCAUGAUACAGAUUUCAUCUUUGUUGAUAUUCAAUCUAGAUUUGGUAUUGUAGGUACUACAGUGAACACAGAGAUGGCUGAUGAAGCUAACAGAGAAGAUAUAUUGGACGGAAUAGCGAAUAAUAAUAUCAACAAUACCAAUAGCAUCAAUAAUAAUAAUACUAAUAACAAUUCAAGUAUUAUCGAACCAUCAUCUGAACAAACCACAUCAACUUCAGACUCAUAUUUGAAUAAAUUAAAAGAAUUAUCACGCAAGAAGACUAAUAUAAAUAUAAACGGGGAACCAAAGUCCAGCGAAUUAAACGGCGAUGCUAUGGAAAUCGAAGAAGAAAUUAUUAGUGGGAACCGUAAGAGUGAUAAAGGUAUCAAUAUGAACAGUUUCACAAACAUGUUUGAGAACAUCCAGAAUGUUCCAAUGGAGACCCUAUUCGAUAGUGUCAUGAAAGCAUUAUCAUAG